AUGGAGCCCGCGUCGCAACCUCUUCCCACGUUGACGAACCCUCGCUUUACCCUCGAGCUUGAGUUCGUCUCCUCCCUUGCCAACCCUUACUAUCUGUCUCACCUCGCCGUUACCUAUCCAAACCUUUUGGGUGUCUCUCGCUCCGAUGAUACCGACACGGAGGGUGCCUCUGCUCCCGAUGCCGAGGCCUUCGCUGCAUAUUUAGCCUACCUGUAUUCCUACUGGAAGACGCCCGAAUACUCUCAGUUCCUCACCCACCCCGGCCCGACCUUGCGCGCCCUGCGACUGCUCCAGGAAGACACGUUCCGCCGCGAUAUCAUCCUUCCUCAGGUCAUUGAAGGACUGGCUGGAGUCAACAUGCCAGUCGAUGCUGAAGCCAGUGGUGCCGAACCCGAAGAGAAGCAGGAAGAGCCGAACGGAUCGAAUACCUGA